UUUCGCUUACUCACCGUUCUCUCUCGUCGCCCAGUUUUCCUCUCGUCGCUGAAAAAGCAUGACUGAUGUGCGAUCUGUACGGAUUUACUGCGACGCUUCUUCGGCUGCUGUGGAGUUGCAGGUCCUGAAUUGAGACCUGUCCCUUCGCCGCAUCCCGAGUUCUUCGGACUAGACCUCGAUCCCUUCGGGGUCCGGUCUGCCCCGGGUGGUUUCUCGAGACCAGGAAACUGACCCUCAUUCUCACGAGCUUCGUCCUAGGAAACACGUUACGGAUCGGAGUCUCUCGAUGGUUUCGGUUUUGUCCUUUGCCCGCCCUGUUCAACGGAUCGGUCUCCCUGAUCGCGAGCCACGAUGACGCUUUUCAACCCGACCACCGUACUCGUCGGUUUUCUCCUUCUCUACCUCUCCUCGUUCCUGAUCUUCGCCAUCGUUCGAAUCGCGACGGGGAUAUCCAUCCAACGAAUCGGUUACCUCUCCCUCCGCCGCAUUGCGUACGCUCCCAAGGAAGGCGUGUUGAUCGAGCUGCGUGGUCUGGGACUGUCUCUACACCCUCCGUCCUUUGCUCAGCCAACAUGGCUGAGUCUCCGAUUGACCGACCUGAAGGUGACACUGGAUCCCUCCGUGCUGGGGAAAAAACAAGGAAAUGCGAAGAAAGCCGACGUGCCGGAACCCCAAAGCUCGGAGGAACUCGGUGGUUCGCAAGACGGGGAGGAGGAUUCCGCCCUCCCCCCUCGGAGCAAGACAUGGAAGACCUUAACGGGACUGAAGGAACACGUCAAACGACUCCAUCGGAAGAUACACUGGUUGAAAUUGGUGGACGUUGUGGCUGUCAACACGACCGUCAACAUUCUCGAGGCCGGCCAAAUCCAGGUGGGAUCUCUGUCCCUGGCGGUGGAUACGAGGCGCAAGAUGGUGGACAGAGGAAAGGUUUUUCGCCGCAAGAAGGACGAGUCCGGCGAGCAACACCCCGCCGAGUGGAUCAUGACGGUGCAAAAUGUCCUGCUGGCUGUCGAUGGCGGAGAACCGACGGAACUACUGGAUAACGUCGGAGUCAACAUACACGGACUUCUUCACAAGGAUAUGGAUGGUCUCAGGGAUGCCUCCAUUGCGGUCAAAAUUGGAAGGAUGCAUAUACCGUACGACGACUUGACAACGCUCAUGCAACGCAUUAAAAAAUUCCGGCAGUCUUUCAAAGAACCCUCGGACGACGACCUGGAAGAUGAAGUGACAUUUGCGGAUUUUGUGGAGGAGCUCGACCGGCCCGGAAGUCGCGACGAUACGAUUGUUCAGACUGUCGCAGAUUCGAAGGAAUUUGCCAGUUCUCUUCUCCGCGGAAUUCAAGAAAUCCAAGUGGCAUUGAGUUUCUUCCGAUUGUCUCGAGCUAUUCAACCAUCUUCGGCAAAACAGAGCUCCGUGUACUUGAACGUCGUGUCCCAUGAACUGGGAGUGGACCUCCAUCGGAUGGACCAGAAAAGCCCGGCUCAUCGCAUGUACUUCCAGCGCAAUGACGUUGCUCACCAAGCCCUUCUUGCCGCCAUAUCCUUUUCAGUCAGCUUGGAUGACAGCUCGGGGGAGACAGAUAAUAUCCUUUACAUCCCCAUGGCGACUACCACUAUUAAAACCACCCUUCCUUCGAAAACAAUCAGCUCAUACGAUGAACGGAACCCGGAAGACCGCAACACCAAUAUUCUGUUUGCGAAUUUGGUGGUCACGUCUCCUUCGCUUGACCUGGAACCAAGACAUGUGUCUCGGCUUCUGGGAUUGGCCCAGGAUAGAGCUUCCACGAGAAGUGGAAAAAAGAGAAGCAACCAUAGGCUGAUCUCCCGACUGCUACCAAAAGCGAGCAUCAAGCUCUCGGUGCAUGAGCCUGUGAUUCGGUUCGUUCUUCCGAUCUCCGACGAUUCAUCUUCCAAUCCGGAGGACGAUUACAACCUCCUCAUCUCCUCCAUCUCCUCUAUCUCACUUGAUAUUGAAUCUUCUCACUCUACCGAAGGCAGCGUGCAUUAUGCACUUUCUUCCGUUUAUAGGGUUGCAUCUCAUCAGCUGUAUUACCAGACGCCCUCCGGAGUUAAGCAUAAUUUACUCACGACGGAGAAUCUUGAAAUGAAGGUUCAUUUGAGUGCUUCUCCGGAGGUGCGAGUGAUCGCCUCCGGAAGCCUGAAUAAAUGCUCCGCCCACAUGGUGAACGGUGACGUGAAUCAUGGGAUCCAACAGGUCAUCGAGCAAUUCCAAGCCCAGGUUCGGCCGAGAAAAAGAAUGUCUAUGUCGCAUGAGGAGAGGAAGCCUAGCAUUCUUAGGCGGAUUCCCUCUUGGCUGCUUCGCCUUCAAUUUGAGGCAACUGGCUUGAGCUUAGAAAUUGCCGGCGUUGAUAAGAGUGUUUCCGAGGCGUCCCGUGGCGUUUCCCUGCAGCUUCAGUCAUGGUCCGCAGACUACAAGGCCCAGAAGACCGAGUCUCAUAAUAUCAGCUUCGCCCGGCGGCGGACUCCAAGUCAUUCUACCAUCGGCGACGAGUCACCGUUCAGGUUCCCUCCAACAUCUCCACCCCGACAAACGCAACAUGGUGCUGCAGAUGGGAGACGACUAGCGCUGCAUAUACGAGGCUUUGAAGGCUUUGUCAUAGAGUCAGAAGACUACUUGGAAUCGGAGCCGUUCAUCUCGCUGCCCAGAUUUGAGGUGGCGCUGAGCACGUUGAGCGACCGCCUCGGACCCAUAUUCAACAUUAAUUCCGUCCUGAAAGGUGUUUACCUUCAGUAUUCUCUGUAUCGCUAUUACUGUCUGGGGGUUGCUGUCUCUGUUCUCCAGAAGGCUUUCGCGCGCCAGCCGCCCGAAUCAUCAAGCCAGGUACCACCUUCGUGGGAAGCAAUGGGCCCUGCGCCCACUUCUCCACGCCCAACGGUACAGCGAAGUGAGCUGAUAACGGUCGAUGCGAGAGCUACCGUCAUUCAAAUCAAAACUUCUAUGCCAGCAGACCCUCCGAUGCUCUUACAAAUUUAUGGGUUGUCCGCUGGUUCCCAUCGACUAUCUGCCCCCUUUAUGAGGGCCCAUCUGGUCCGGCUCCACGCAGAGGCGCCCAAGUUGAAGGGUGUUUGGGCAAGGAUAAUCAGCAUGAACAACUUUAGACUUGACCUCCGGACGAUGAAGUUGAAGCAGGCGAUGGGUUUGGUCGAAGAGAAGUCGAUUGAUGUAUGGGCCGAUUUCAUUCGCAUAGGUGUGCCUCAUCAUAUGGUCAUGCAUCGCAUAUUCGAUAACAUCAUCAACACAUCGAAAGCGCUCAAGCAACUUCAUUACCGCUUCAAAAACCAUUGUUCGGAUUUCCCUUCGGAGAGGGACCCGGAGGAGCCAAAGAAAGUACCGAGAGUCACCGUGCGCAGCAAAGCCUUGCUUUUCGAGCUGGAGGACGACGCCUUUGAGUGGAAGCUAGGCUGUAUAUACCGAACUGGUCUCCUUGAGCAGCGUCAGCGCUUGGCUCGGCAGGAGGCGUUCGAGCUGAAGGUGCAAAAGAUCAAGGAAACUGGACAGCGACGUGGCUCCUCUAGAUUGCGAACCAGAUCGAGCCACCGAACACUCCGCAGUGAACGUGCAAGCCAAGACACCCGACGCAGCAAAAGUGCCGACCCAAAGCCGCGGGACGACGAUGAUAGUCCUGGCGCCAAACGCGGACGAGGGAAAAAGUUCCGUUACGACGCGGAGGGUGCGGCUUGUCUUUCCUCCGAAUCUAAAAUCUCCACAGACAGCGCUUGGUAUCGUCUGCAAGAGCAUCAUGCGCGGAGCUGGAAAAAGAAAAUCGACGCCGCCCUGCGCUUCCAAGGUACAUCGAUAAAGGAGGUGAGGAAUCUUUUCUCCGGGGCCGAUGAGCCUCCCGAAGAUGUCGAGGAAACUGAGACGGUGCUUUCUAUUCCGAAUCGACCUGCUCUCCUGGCUGCGUUGAUAAGCGACAUAAACCUUACUAUAGACAAGCCAUUCUUUCCACUGGACCAGUACCCCGAGUUUCUCCACAGGAUUGGCAAAGGCAUACCUAUGUCGACACAGUAUGCUUUGCUUAUCCCGAUGAGUUUCCAGCUGGAGAUGGGAGAAGCCCGUGUCAAUCUACGAGAUUAUCCCUUGGACUUGUUGCAUAUCCCAGCUUUGCGACCCGGGCAAUCUCCUAGGCUUCCAAGUUGGUCACUUCGAACGAAUUUUGUUAUCGCCGAAGAGUACCGUGAUCUCGAGUCAGCCAGAAAAGUUCAAGUUGAGCUGGCUCCCUCCACAGAACUUUCAAAUGGGUCUAUAAGUCCAGCCUUCACGAUGGAUGUCUGGCGAUCUGUGUCUCCAGUAAAGACUUACUCUGAUCCGACCAUUCAAAUAAAUACCAGUCUCCCAACCAGCAUCUCAUGGGGCAUGUCCUACCAACCAGUGGUUCAGGACAUGAUGAAAAUCAUAGAAGGAUUCACCAAACCAGAAAUCGAUCCCUCCGACAGGGUAGGCUUCUGGGACAAGAUCAGACUGAGUUUCCACUCUCGGAUCAGAGUCGUUUGGAAGGAAGACGGUGAUGUUCAUCUACGCCUGAAAGGCUCUCGUGAUCCAUAUGUGGUCACCGGCUUCGGUGCUGGUUUCGUAAUGUGCUGGCGCAGAGAUGUCAAGUGGGAUAUCCAUACCAGUGACGACCCAAUGGAGUUUAUGAGCGUCACCAGUGGAGAGUAUGUGAUGGCAAUUCCAGACUACAGCCAUGAAGCUCGAUACAUGGCCGAAGUCACGGCACAAGAUCUGGAAAGCUCUUCUGCUUCAAGCGACCUGAAGAAUGCAGCCCACUUCAAGAAAGUUGUCAUGAAGCUUUCUGGCGACGUGAAAUGGGUGGCCGGCCUCGUUUUUGAGAGAAAUGUAGACGAGAGUAGAAGAUCGUUCGAGUUCAGGCCGCACUAUGAUAUCGUGCUUCGGAAUCCUAUCCACGUCGAUCCUUCUCAAAGAGAGGACUAUGACGCUUACAAAGGCUUUCGAAGUAACCAUAUCCACUUGUCCGUUGCUGUUGUUGCCCCAGAAAGUAGAAAUUGGAGUGUCGAUCACGUUCAACCUUCUACGAGCUACAACACAGUUCAUCUCACCCCGCGGUUCUUCACACACUUCUUCAACUGGUGGUCGCUCUUUUCCGGUGUCAUGUCUCUGCCCGUUCGUCAAGGACCCCUUUGGCCUGGUGUCACGAAAACUAGCAAAAAGUUCAAUCGCCAUCUUGCCACGGUUAAAUACAAGCUACUCUUUGCGCCUCUGUUUGUGGCACAUAUUUACAAACACAAGGACCGUGAAGACUAUGCCGAGGAUGUUGUCACUGCGACCGGUAUUAAAGUUCGCUUGGACAGCCUGAAGCUGGAUGUCCAUCAGCGUCGUGAACAAAUCAAAUCUCAGGCCAAGGGACGACUAAGGCAAAACCAGGCCAGCGCGAUGCGGAUAAACCAAGCGCAAUUGGAUCUGCAGGCCGCAGACUUCAGGGCCGUCUCUGCAAGCAUCGAAGGAACCAAUCUCGAUGACAUAGAGAACAACAAGGACGACAUCAUCUCUUCCUUCCAGCAGCCUGUGGCCUCUGUUGACCUGUCAAGAUUCACCAUCCCCGACCAGAAUCUUGAUUGGAUUGACAUGGAUGAUUUCGUGGAGUUGGAUUGGAUUCUCCCCCAGGAGUCGAAUCCUCGAACGCAGAUUUUACCUUUGGCAUUCACCCCGAGGUUCACCUACUUCCGUCAAACGGAUCACGGCAACUUGAGCCCGGACGAAACAGGGUAUAGCACGUUUGGAAAUGAACCUACUCACGAAUGUGUCAUGUCCGAGAACAACGACCCUCGACGGGUUCAAAUGGAACUGAUCAGAGACCGUCUUGCUACCGUGGAGGCACAAAUCCGGGACUGUGACCGAACAAUAGGUGAUCAAGAGCUCAGAAUGGCCAAGGAAGUCGACCAUGAUCCAGAUUUGAGGUCUCAGCAUAAUGAUUACGUUAAGCAAGCGGAGUCCCUAGCAAGGAGGCGCGGCUUCCUCUCUGGUGGACUUCAACGUCUUGAACGUCAGCUUGCGCGAGACGAAAGGUCGCCUACAGAGAAGAAUCCUGAGAUGAUUGCAAGCGAUACCGCUUCUAGGCUCGGCAGGGACUCCGAUUCCACCAACGAUGGUAGGGAUGCUGCGGACCUUGAUGGACUUUACUCGUCUCCCAACGACGAAUUUGCCAGCGAUUUCAAUAACCGUUUCAUGAUCCACAACACCCAGCUCAAAUGGAACAAUUCCCUCAGAAACAUUAUCCUUCGUUACAGUCACCAGGUCAGCCAGCGGCGUGGGUUUGUUUAUUACAUGUCUCGACGAGCCGUCAAGUUUAUCCUAGACAUUGUCGAUGAACAAAGCAAAAACAAGCACAGACACUCUAAGCUCUCGCAAAGCGCAUCAAGGCGUCCUUCUGAUGCACGGGGCUUGGUAGACACCGACGAUGAUGAUAGUGUGGAAGAUCGCAUUGAACAGCUAUUGAGCGACGCAAAACGGUUUGUGAAUGCGGAAGACCAGGAACAGUCGGACCAGCAAGGCCAAAACAAGCCCAUGUCAGAUGGCUCCAGCGAGAACAUAUCGCCAGAAUUUACGCCGCAAAACAGUUAUCACCUGCGACUUAUUGCACCUCAGAUUCAACUUCAGAGCGAGAAGAACCAUAAGUCCGUGCUACUCGUUGCAGCCAAGGGCAUGCAGCUCAAGGUUGUAUCAAUCAUGGACAAGGAGCGCGUGUCCGACGAUAUCAGCGGUUUGGUGCAACGUCGUUUCUCUCUCGAUAUGGACGGAGCCCAGUUCUUUGUCGCAACUCAAAAGAACCUGAUGACUCACUUGCAAUUCUAUGCCGGCAACAAAUACGGCAACUCCCCCGGUUCCGCCUGGCCACCUUGGUUGACACUUGAGGCCAUGUUUGAUUUCGAACUCAAUCCGUUUGGCUUCUCGAGAAUUAUCCAAAAGACUUCGGCCAGCUUACGCUAUGACAAGUACAACAAUCUCCGUCUGAAGUAUAACGAGGAGGUGGCUAAGGGACAGCGCCAAUCUGGCCAACAGAACGUCCCAGAUGGCCAGGAAACGAGAAUGGAUCAAAUCAGCGUCGAUUUCCCACACUUCCGUGCUAUUUGUGACUCGGCCGAGUACUACUCGAUGUACAUCAUCGUUUUGGACCUCCUUCUCUACAGCGAACCCCUGGAGAAGGUUCGGAACGAACGUCUCGAGAGGAUUAUGCUAAGUUCCGAUUUCAGCGACCUCCGCGGUGCUCCGGAAAUGGUCUUCAAGCUGCAGGCCCGUAUCAGGCAAUUGGAAGAGAUCAAGGAGCAUUUCCAGAUCCACGCGAAGUAUCUGGACAAGAAGGGCUGGGAAGAUCGUCUGGUCCUGGAGAAUGACCUGACUCAGUGCGAAGAUGAGCUGUUCUUCUUGAUGAAAGCCAUUACAACGUCCCAGCGCAAAAUCGAACCGACAGUGUCCGGAGCGACUGGAAUCUUACGCUGGAACAUCUCUGCAAGCGAAGUUGUGUGGCAUCUCAUGAAGGAUGAGUCGGAGCCGCUGGUCGAGUUUCAGCUUCGGAAUGCCGAGUAUGACCGCACCGACAACAGCGACGGUUCGAACCACAAUCUAGUGGCAGUUGAACGACUGUAUGGUCUGAACCUUCUUCCCGAUGCCAUAUAUCCUCAGAUUAUUGUGCCGUAUCUCGACCAGACCAAGCAUCUGGAUGUCCCAGACGAUCACAUGAUCAAAGUCAGUUGGCAUAUGCUCGAGGCUGUUGCAGGCAUUCCGGUCUUGGAUGACUUCGAGGUUUCGUUAUUCCCUCUCAAGAUCCAGUUGGAACAUGAACUCGGUCAAAAGGUGUUCGAGUACAUCUUCCCCAAUGUCGGGUCAACUGCAUUCGAAAACGGCGGUUUCUCUCCCUUCAUGAUCAAGAACAUGAAGCCAUUAGACAAUUCCGACUCGGAAGACGAGGAGGACAGCAGCUCAACUUCUCCCCCGACAGCACACGGAAGCAGCGAUCCUUCGGUUGAAGAUCUUCAAUUCUCGAAGGGACCUGGCGCUAUCGAGCUCCGACUACACCCGACACUGUCGCUGUCUGAAGAGGCCAGGCCAAAAACACAUCGCUCUAAUCAUCUGAAGGGCUUGGCAAUGACGCCCAUGAACAAGGAACUUCCUCGACCGAGCUCAUCCCGCCAGCUCGCGCGUCCGGCAACCAGUGUUGGUACCUUGACGAAGAAAAGAUCGGUCGACAGUAUGCGCGUGUUGUCGCGGCAGCCUACAGAGAAGAAUCUUGCAAAUGGGUCGAGCGCCAACCUUGGUGAAGACAAGGGCAAAAAGUUCAGCCUGGCUAAGAUACCAAUCAGGAAGUCCAAGGAGACUACCGACGAUCUUACCCAGAUGAUGUCACGCGCAUCGAAUUACAUGACUCUGGCCCAUGUCAAGGUCCAUGACGUGGUUCUUUGCUUGAGCUACAAGGGCAAAGGCGACCACAACUUGGAAGAUCUUCACGACUUCGUUUUCCGUUUGCCCAUUCUGGAGUACCGAAACAAGACAUGGUCGAACUUGGAUCUUGCCUUGCGAUUGAAGAAGGAUGUGAUCAAGGCUCUGAUCUCCCAUGCACCCGCAAUCCUUGGGAACAAGUUCUCGCACCACCGGCCUAACAGACAGCAACAAAAGCGAUACCGGGAGCUUGCGAGCUCGUCACAGAUCCUGCACAACUCCGACACCACCACACUGUCCGACAAGAGCCAUAGCCUUGCAAGUCAAGACUCGAACAGCGAAUUCUCCGAGUCCCGUUCUCAACGAUCCGUCCAAUCGGGUACUUCUCCGCUUGUACGAUCCAACUCAUUGGGAUCCAGCACCCUUAGCACGCCCGAACCAGGUCUUGUAUCAUCCGAUGCUCGCUCUGCGAGUGAAGUAGAUGUGGAUGCUCGCUGGGAGCAAUCUCGUCGAAUCGUGAAUCCUCCCAAUCGGCCCAUGACAUCGGGCACCACGAUUUCCCGCUCCCAAACCAAACGAUGGGACGGGCCUGAUGAGAGUCAUAGAAUGACGAUCCGCAACUUCGGCCGGAAGUUGAUGCCGUCUCGCAAAAACGGAUAAUUCCAUAAGCGAUAUCACACAGAAAUCGCUCCUUCCUCUCCUGCAUUAAUUCAUGAUUCCUGAACUUCCCUUGCUAUCUUUUCAGCAUCGCGAGUUAGCGUUUCCCGCUAUGAGAUACCCAGAUGCAGUGGGUGUAUAUAGGCGUCUUUUUUCCGAAUUUUUUUCUGCCUCUUUUUUUCGCCUAUAAAAUUCCCUCUUCUAAUUGUUUGAUUGGUUAUUUUUUUUUCUUUUCAUCUUCUUCAUGAGAAUCUUUUAUAUUUGGCCUCUUUUUACCUAAUCCUUCGCUUCUAUAUUGCAUUUCUUGUGACGACGGGUUCGUCUUUUUUCUUGGAAUAGUUCAUUCAACGUUCCCCUGCUUGUGAACCAACCCUGUGUUUAUGCGUGUGUGUGUGUGGCCAUGACUGACGGAUUGACUGAUGGCAUACUGAGGUGACGGUGAACUUGCAUAAAAUUUGGG